AGAGGACGGAGGGAGUAUGAAACAAACAAACAUACGAAUCCCAUCACUUGUUUAUUCUCUACACAUUUUCUUCAGCCCCCCGAAUCUCACUCUCUAAACUUCCGCUUGUACUUCUCCCUGUAUACCACUAGUCCACCUCCAUCUUCCUUCUUUCUCUAUCUUCUGUCCGUUCUCUCUAUAUCAAUGGAAACCUAAUAAUUGGAGAUAGGGGAAGAAAUUUCUACUUAAUAAUUGGAGCAUUUUCGGUCAAUUAAAGCACUGAGAGGAUUGAAGAUUGAAGAUAGAGCAAAAUAUAAUUAGAGAAGAGAAACAUACAAUUGAGGAGGUGAGUUUCAAAAAAAUUCAAUCUUUUGUGCUUUCGAAUUUAGGUUAUUCAAUUUGUUCAUUUAAUAUAAUCUGUAUCCACAUAUUGUAAAGUGGGCAAUUUUUAUUUGAAGUGUGCAUCAAUAAUCAGUGGCGGACCCAAGUUCUAUGUUACUCAGACACGGAUUGAGAUUGAGUGUCUACUCUCGGUUAUGGGUGUCCAAGUGUCCGGCUCGGCUAUUUUGUAGAAAAAAGUCAAGUUUUUAAGUUAAAAAUGAAGUAUCCAAGUAAAGUGUCGUAUCAGUUUUUGAGGUAAAUGAAGGUGUUGGAGUAACACUGUCCAGGAUUUAGUUUUGCGGUUUCAGUGAUAGGUUAUGAGGGUGGAAAUUUGGGGUUGCAGUAUCGACAAUUAAACACAAUUUUGGAGAAAAAAUAUAGAGAGCUUUUUAUUUCUCUCGGGUGUCGAACAUCAUCCCUUGGUGCAAUGUAGGUCCUCCACUUAGGUUGUAUUGUAAGGGAAAUGGUGAAAUUGGGAAGUGGGCUGAUUUCUUUGUCGUGCAAAACAAUGCUUAGAAUGUAUGGGAGAGUGUUUUUGAGAAAUGUACAUGUAGGAACUGAGGUGAGUAAGUAUGAUUUAUGUGCAACACUAAAUUCAUGUGCAAAGUUUCAAAAUGGGCAAUUGGGUUUGCAAAUCCAUGCUAAGAUAAUUCAGUAUGGUUAUGUAGAUAAUCUAGUUUUGAGCAGCGUGCUUGUUGAUUUUUAUGCGAAAUGUUGUGGGAUUGAGGAUGCUAGGAGUAUAUUUGAUGGGAUGAAGCUUCAUGAUAAAGUGUCAUGGACAUCGAUUAUAUAUGGGUAUUCACAAUGUGGUUAUGGAGUAGAAGCCAACUUUUUGUUCAAGAAGAUGUUAAGAAGUGACAUUGAACCUAAUUGCUACACUUAUGUUAGUGUUAUUGCUGCGUGCACUGAAGAGACAGAACCUCUUGAACAAGGCUUACUAGUUCAUGCUCAUGUUAUCAAGCUUGGAUUUGUUGCUCAUAUUUUCGUGGCUAGCGCUUUGAUUAGUUAUUACUCAAAGUGUGGGAGUGUGGAUCAAGCUGCUCUUAUUUUUCAUGAAGCAGCAAGCAGGGAUAAGAUUGUCUACAACUCAAUGAUGGCUUGUUAUUGCCAGAACCUUUACAUUGAGAAUGCAGUCAGACUGUUUUUACUAAUGAGAAAUUGGGGUAUACAUUCCACUGACUUUACAAUGAGUAGUAUUUUGCAUGCUUCUGCGAGGCUAUCUGUUUUUCAACUUGGGAAGCAGGUUCAUGGCUUGGUAAUAAAAUUAGGUUCCUUGACCAAUAUGUUUGUUCUAAGCUCUCUGAUUGACAUGUACUCAAAAAAUGGUAGCGUCAAUGAAGCUCGUUAUGUUUUCGAUCAAGCAAUUGAGAGGAACAAUGUUAUUUGGACAACUAUGGUUUUAGGGUAUGCUCAGAGUGGAAGAGCAAUUGAAGCGCUAGAACUUUUUGAUCAUAUGGUUAGUAAAGGUUUUCUACCUGAUCAUACUAGCUUUAGUGUAGUGUUCAGUGCUUGUAAUCAUGCUGGCUUUCUUGAUAUUGCUGUAGAACACUUCAAGAAGAUGAUAAAAGAUUAUGAUAUGUCUCCUACAUUAGACCAAUAUGCUUGUCUGAUUGACUUGUAUGCAAGACAAGGACAUGUAAUAGAGGCAAUGCAACUAAUGGAUGAGAUGCCUUUUGAUCCUAAUUGUGUAAUGUUGAGUUCCCUCUUGCGUUGCUGCAAAACGUAUGGUGCAGUUGAUGUGGGAAGAGAGGUUGCUAAUCGUCUCUUUGCUCUGCAGCCAAACAGUUCCGCUUCACGUAUAACAAUGGCUCAUAUAUAUGCUGAAAAUGGCUCAUGGGAUGAGGCUGCCAAUGUUAGAAAAUUAAUGAAGCCGAAAGGGGUAGAAAAGGGUGCAGCAUGGAGUUGGAUUGAGGUAGAUGAACAAUUGAGAUAUUCUUAGUUGGUAUGGCAUGUCAUAAUACGUUGAAGCUUGGAAUCAAAAUCCUUUUGGAAAAAAUGAUGUGGGCCAGAGUAGUUCUUGCAAGGCAAGUGAAACAGGAGAGUAUCGAACUAUACAGCUACUUGAGAUGUACCAAGGAGGCACAAGGGAGUACUAAUGGAAUUCGAGCUGAAAUAGGGAUCCGGAGUGGGCAUCAUAAUUUAUAAAGGAACACCUCGGGUAGAAGAAAGGUGGCGAAAGUUCAUGAUUGUAUUUAGCCUAUGUACCUAAAGAUGACACUAAAACGAGGGGAAAACUUCGACAUGAAGAGCACACCAAACUCAAGUUUUUAUUGCCUAGGCACGACACAGUGGGUCCGUGGAUUUUGUCGUGCCCUAGCCUUGGUUCUAGGUCUAGCCAGCACGAGAGGCACAGACACAACCACACAAGCCAGCAGGUUUUGGUUUUUAUGGUGGGUGUAAGACUUUCUCAUAUACAGUACCAGAAUAGGAAGACGAGAAAAGGAAACCAGAAAACGAAAUAGAUCAGCAGCUACACUUUGGCUGUGCAUAAUUCAAGAGUUAUUCGUAGCUGUAAGCAAGAGUGUUUGGGAUAACAGAUAAAACUACAGUUUUGAUGCACUUAGUGAAUGAGUGCAGGCAUCUUUGGUUUCAGGCUUUCAGCUCAGGCGCAUUCUAGAGAACGGUAGUGAUCUGUUGAUACCUGUCCAAAACUUUGGAUGAGGCAUGUUUGCGAAUUGUCUAACGUUGUCUGUAAUGAACUGCCAUAGCUGAUGCCAGAUUAAGUUAGUGUUAAUUACUAGAAAUUGAUUUGUAUUGAUUCAAUGGAAGUUGCAGAUAAUGUAAAGUUAGUAACAAGCUUUUGAGAACAGGGGUGUAGCGACAUUCAGAGUUGUAGGGUCAAUUGAACCCACUUGAAUUUGAAAAUAUUGGAAAUUUUCGAUAUAAAGUUGAGAUUUUGUUUCGCCACUAGAUAGAAA